AUGCUGCCAAAGAAAUACCUGGAGUACAAUUUUAAGUCCUCUACAUUCUCCAGUGGCCUGGGGGUGGGGGUGGGGAGUGGGGUGGAAACCAGUUCCCAUCUCUUACAGAUAUCUAAUCAAAUUAGUAACGGUAUAAUCUGUAGAAAAGCAAUUCUGACCUUAAGAAAGAAGUAUUUUAUAUUAUGCAGACAGUUUAGCUCCAAUCUUUUUUUUUUUCUAAUUUCCUCCAUGGAGAAUGAAAAGAGCCAAAAUGCACGAACACUUAAACUAUGUUCUUGGUACCAUUCUAAGCCCAAUAUAUAUUAA